UACUGUUCACCCGACCCAAAAACCUUCUCCGGCCGAUUUCUCCACCAUCCGAUGUCGCCUCGUGUCGUGCCACCUAUCAAACUGACGGGCUCGACGAGCUCCAUCUUUUGGGCUACGCCUUGCACUCCGGCGACAACCACACACGGUGUAGCAACCGCCGGAAGUUACUGCUGUGGCGGCGCCGCCUCCUCCGGCCACCAUGGCUCGAGAUUCUUGGGGGGUUUUGUUUGUCUCAGUCCCAGCAACAUUCCCACAAAAGGAAUCGAGCCAAAUCGAAGUGUGACUGACGAAACGAGUGAGGAAAUUACUUUCAGGGUCGUGGAAGUUGCACGCAGGAAAGAAGUGGAUAACUCCGCAGGUGUGGAUUAGCGGGAAUUGACGGACUGCUCAGAGGACUUGAAGUUAUUUAUCUCCAGCUUGUGUGAGGAUUUUGUGUGACUAUCUUGUGAG